AGGCGGAGGAAGGAGGAGGCAGCGGGGCUCCCCUCACCGCGCCGCCGCCGCCGCCCUGGGCCUGGGCCUGGGCCGCCGCAGGCCCGGCGGGGCCUUGCCGUGGCCGGGCCGGAGGCCGCCAUGAAGCCGAGCGGAGAGGAGCCGGUGCUGCUGGCGGAGCUGAAGCCGGGCCGUCCCCAGCGCUACGACUGGAAAUCCAGCUGCGAGACGUGGAGCGUGGCCUUCUCCCCCGACGGUGCCUGGUUCGCCUGGUCGCAGGGACAUUGCGUGGUCAAGCUGAUCCCCUGGCCCCUGGAGGAGGCCGAGCUCAGCUGCAAAACCUCGGAGCGCAAGAGCCGCGGCAGCAAAGCGGAGGCGAGGAGCCGAGGGGCGGCCAAGGAGAAGACGCUGGAGUGCGGGCAGAUCGUGUGGGGCCUGGCCUUCAGCGCCUGGCCUCCGGCGGCCGAGGGGGGGGAGACGGAGCCUGCCUGCGCCGUGGGUCUUCCCUGCCUGAUCCUGGCCACCGGGCUCAACGACGGGCAGAUCAAGGUCUGGGAGGUGCAGACAGGACACCUCCUCUUCAGCCUCUUGGGGCACCAGGAUGUUGUCAGAGACCUGAGCUUCGCUCCCAACGGAAGCCUCAUCCUUGUGUCGGCCUCGCGGGACAAGACCUUGCGCGUCUGGGACCUGAGCAGAGAUGGGCGGCAGGUCCAGGUGCUGUCGGGCCACGUGCAGUGGGUCUACUGCUGCUCCAUCUCCCCAGACUGCAGCAUGCUCUGCUCCGCUGCCGGAGAGAAGUCGGCGCUGCUGUGGAGCAUGCGGUCCUACACCCUCAUCCGGAGGCUGGAGGGGCACCAGAGCAGCGUGGUGUCGUGCGACUUCUCGCCGGACUCGGCGCUCCUCGUCACCGCCUCCUACGAUGCCUGCGUCAUCAUGUGGGACCCCUACACCGGGGAGCAGCUGAGGACGCUUCGCCACGUCCCCCUGCACUCGGCGCUGGACUACAGCAGCGAAGUCCACAGCAGCGAAGUCCACACCAGCUCCCUGCGCUCGGUCUGCUUCUCCCCUGAGGGCCUCUACCUGGCCACGGUGGCGGACGACAGGCUCCUGAGGAUCUGGGCGUUGGAGCUGCGGUCUCCGGUCGCGUUUGCUCCCAUGACCAACGGCCUGUGCUGCAUGUAUUUUCCACACGGCGGUUUCAUUGCCACAGGGACCAGAGAUGGCCACGUCCAAUUCUGGACCGCUCCAAGGGUCCUCUCGUCACUGAAGCACUUGUGUCGCAAAGCUCUGCGCACCUUUCUGACGACAUACCAGGUCCUCGCGCUCCCCAUUCCCAGGAAGCUGAAGGAAUUCCUUACUUACCGGACCUUUUAAGGCAGCGCGGAAAGUAGAGGCACAGAAGCGAGAGCACUCUGCCUGGCGGCGGGGCUCAGCCUGGGUUAGAGGAGGCACUGCAGCAACGACGUCUCGCUGAUUCAUGAGCCGUGGGGCAGGAGGAUUGCUACUCCCCUCGUUUUGGGGCUGUGUCUGUGAACAUGGAGGGAUUUUUCGGUAUAAUAAUACUAGAACCCAGAAAAAUGCAUGCAGAGGGCAAGGGGCACAGCUGUGGUCGCCCCGCAGGGGACACGGGUCUCCCUGUCCCCCUGCUAUCUGCAAGUUUUGGGUCAGGUGCUUUUGCCUCCAAGUGCAAUGUUGUGGGUUGAAGGUCAGCAGCCGCAGUCUGAGCGGAGCUUUUGUCAUUUGUACGAAUACGGGGCUACAACCGGCCCUGACAAAACUGACCCUCACCGGGACUGGCUCGUACUGUACCUUAGUUCCCAGAGGUGUGCACGCUCUGCCGCUCUCCUGGUCUGGGCACGAGCUGGAUAAACCCGAGCAGGUCUCUGUGGACUAGACGACAGCGAUGACAGAAUAAAAAAUUAUUCCUCA